CCUCGUCAAGUACAACCAAAAAAAAUAUGGUAGUCGAGGAAACGGAAAAGCAAACGAGCUGACGCUCCCUAGCUAGUUCCUAGCCGCCGCCGGCCCGCCGCCGCUACUGCCGGUCCUCAGCCGCGGCGCACUAAGCGGGCCGAAGCCUCCGCUGCCCUGCCGCCGGUACAGGAUCCCAGUAGCGCUUCCCUCUGCCGAGCAGCCGCUCCCACAAGCAGCGCCUCCCUCCCUGGAGCAGCCGCUCCCGCCCAGCACGCCGCCGACCGGAGCUACGCCGUAGACCAGUCCUUAGGGAGUUGGAACAGGGCACCAACAUUGUCAAUUGGAGAGGCUUGGAGCUGCUUUGGCAUCCUCAGGAGAGCAAACAAGAAGAUACUGAUACACGUAUCGGCGCAUUUUAGCUCAGGAGAGCAAGCAAGAAGGUUCCCAGAAGCUCGCCGGAACUGCUGCCAUGUCUUCGAAGGGCAAGAAGAAGAAGCCGUCGGCAUCCCCGCAGCCGUCACCUCGUACACCUCCCUCUCGCGCCCGUGAAGGCACCGGGGGCUGCAUCCUGGACCUCUCGUCCACCGCUGCAGCGGCGGCGGCGCGGUACCCGGCUCUCGUACCCCGCGGAGGCGCGGGUUGUUUCGCCGGCACCGUCUCCGAUGUGGUCUCCAGGGGCGGGAGCCGCGGUGGCGAGGGGAGGCUCUGGCUUGCCGAGCCCGCCAUGGCUAGCACCGGGCUUCGGCCUGGGUGCCUCGUCUUUGUGUCACUCAUUUCUUCAAGUAGUAACAGUUUAGAUGGCUUCCCACUUGAUAGUUUAUUUGAGGAGUGCAACAGAUUUUUUGAUCUUGAUGUGGACAAUGAUCUCAUCUCUAAUGAAGCUGGGGUGAACUUUGUGACUGCCACAGUUUUCCCUUCACGUGAGGUUCAAAAGAAUGACAUCAAGCUCUCUUGGGAUCUUGCCUGCACACUGGGAUACCCUGCAGUAGGUCGUUCUUUGCUAAUUAGCCCCCUAUAUACAUCCCAAGCCCCAAAGCGAGCUGAUUCUGGCGAGUUUUUGCGUGUGAUAAAAUGCAGCGAUCUUUAUCUCAGUCUAGUUCCAACGAAAGUUGUACUGUCCAGUCAUAAUAAGUCGGAAUCUGAUUGCCAUCCUGUAAGAAAUGUGAUGGUUAUGGAGUCACCUAAAAGGAUUCCUUCAACUCCUCCAUGCAGAAAUGAAUCCCAUGAUGGUGCAUCUAACAGUGGCUUUUCAUUGUGCUUGGAUCAAGCCACUGCAAAAUCAGCAUUAGCAGAUGAUAAAAUAAGUGACUUGCUGAAGACUUCUGCAUCACGGUGGCUUGAUGGUAGGCACUUGCUGAAAGGAAACUAUGUCCCUCUAUCAAUGUGCGGAAAACUAUCUAUGUUCGUAGUUCUGCGAGCAGAAACAGAUGGUUCUGCCCUGGAUGUAGUGCAUGAGAAAAAAAAUUCAAUGUCUAGUGCAGAUGUCUCUGGUAAAUUGGUUGAAACCCCUGCUUUGUUCCUUGUCGAGAGAACCACAAAAGUGCACCUUUCUGAUUUGUCAUCUUCAAAGGAGUUUGGGUCAGAUAAGCUAGGGUUCCCACCAGAAUAUUCCAUCUGUGCUGAUACAGCAAGUGAAGAUGCCAAUCAUGAUCAAAGGCUUGGUGGGUUAUCGGAAGUGUCAGCAAAAGUAAAAGAAAUGAUUUCGUUUUCGCUGGCAGAUCAAAUUGGUCUGCCAAGGAAUGGUUUGCAUGAUUUACCAAGGUAUAAAGGUCUUCUUCUUUAUGGCCCACCUGGAACAGGGAAAACCUCUCUUGCUUCUUCAUGCGCCUAUGAUCUGGGAGCCAAUCUUUUUACAAUCAAUGGACCAGAGAUCAUUAGUCAGUAUCACGGUGAAAGUGAACAAACAUUGUAUGAUGUUUUCACUUCAGCUAAGCAAGCUGCACCUGCUGUGAUAUUUAUUGAUGAAUUGGAUGCGAUUGCUCCAGCCAGGAAGGAUGGAGGCGAGGAGUUGUCUCUUAGAAUGGUGGCCACUCUGUUAAAACUGAUGGAUGAGAUUGGCCGUAAUGAUCGUGUUAUCUUGAUUGCUGCUACAAAUCGUCUUGAAAGUAUUGAUCGUGCAUUACUACGACCAGGAAGAUUCGAUCAAGAAAUUGAAAUAGGAGUACCAUCUCCAGGACAGAGGCUGGACAUACUUCACCACCUUCUAAGUGGAGUUCACCACUCCCUCACUAGUGAGGAAGUUGAGUCCCUUGCUUUUGCCACUCAUGGAUUCAUGGGUGCUGAUCUAGCUGCACUAUGCAACGAGGCUGCAUUGAGUGCUCUUCGCCGUUAUAUCAGUGUAAAGGAAAGUUCAACCCAACUACUUGGUGAUCGUGACACAAAUGCAGAAAAGACGAAUAUUCAAGAAAUUGAUGGUCUUUUGGGUUAUGAAAUAAGCUCAUUAUCAUCAUCUCUCUCAAAGUUAACCAUGUCAAUGGAGGAUCAUUGCUGGACCAGUAGAGGUGAUACCAUAGAAAGUAGCGAGCCGGAUGAUAAGAAAGAUGAGUUGCUAUUGUUGGUGACUAAAGAAGACUUUGAACAAGCUAAAAUGAAAAUUAGACCAAGUGCGAUGCGUGAGGUAAUGCUAGAGCUUCCAAAGGUACGAUGGGAAGAUGUUGGUGGUCAAGCCAGGAUCAAGAAGCAGUUAAUUGAAGCCAUCCAGUUGCCACAGAAAUGCCCAGACGCGUUUGAACGCUUAGGGAUCCGCCCUCCUAGAGGAUUGCUAAUGAUUGGACCACCAGGUUGCAGUAAGACAUUAAUGGCUCGCGCUGUAGCUUCUGAAGCAAAAAUGAAUUUCCUUGCAGUUAAGGGUCCUGAGCUUUUCAGCAAAUGGGUUGGUGACUCUGAAAAGGCAGUGAGAUCAUUAUUUGCGAAGGCGAAGGAUAAUGCGCCUGCAAUAUUAUUUUUUGAUGAAAUAGAUGGGCUUGCAGUAACUCGUGGCCAUGGAAGUAAUGGCAUAUCUGUUGCUGAUAGGGUACUCAGUCAGUUGCUACAGGAAAUGGAUGGUUUGGACCAGAAGAUUGGUGUCACUGUUAUUGCAGCUACGAAUCGUCCUGACAAAAUCGAUAUUGCACUUCUGAGACCAGGUCGUUUCGACAGACUGCUUGAUGUUCAACCACCAGAUGAAGCUGACCGUGAGGAUAUUUUCCGGAUUCAUACACGCAGCAUUCCUUGCAGUCACGAUGUCAAUCUAAACGAACUUGCUAGACUCACAGAAGGCUACACCGGCGCCGACAUAAAGCUCGUCUGCAGGGAAGCCGCUGUAGCUGCUCUUGAUGAGAACUUUGACAUCCCAGAAGUAGCAAUUACACACUUCAAGUCGGCAAUCGACCGAGUAAGUCCAUCAGAUAUGCAGUUCUACCAAGAACUUGCGGCGCGGUUCCGCCGUCUCGUUGAUGACACAGAUAACGCAACAACGCCGGGAAUACGUACCGAACCUCCCAUUUAGUAUCCUUCUAUAUGUACAAGUGUACAUAGAGGAGAGCAGUUCACUGUAAGCCAUUCCUUAUCUCCUCAUUACCUCAAUGACUCAUCAUUCGGUCCUAACAUGAAUUUGUGUUGACAGUUGCAGUAUGAUCCUCCAGCAUUUCCUGUAGCUGGAAUUCUUUUUGUUUCUGGUAGAGGCUAGUAGUGCAAGUCAAGAGUUGCAUCUUUUUCCUCGAUGUCCAAUGGUUCCAUCUAGUAAUAUUUUUAUAGUGGUGGCUCUUGAAAGAGAGAGGAUACUGAUUACUGAACACAGUUUUGCCUGUGCAAUUUUUUGCUAGUCAUGUACCCGUGGAGUGAGUGUAAAAUUUGUGCACAUUUUGACUGCCAGUAAUGGGAUUGAGGAAUCUUGCGCACGUGGAA